AGUGAAGGGUUCUCUGAGCUGAGACCUAAAUGACAAGAAGAAUCAGCAGAGAAAGUACCAAGCACGAGGAACAGUCCUUAUGCAAGGAACACGCGAGUGGGGUGGGUAGCUAACAGCACAGGAGAAUUUGGCGACUGAACAGAAAGGCCUUUGUGGCCGUAUCUUAACGAAUAUGUGUGAUGCGGUCCCCGUUAGGGAGGGAAUUUUGCUUUUAUUCUCAGUCCAAUUCUAAGUCCAUUGCAAAUUCUAAAGACAGGUUGGGAAGUAGGAAAUGUAAUGCAAUUGUCAUUUUAAAAUACAAUACUGUGUUUCGAUCUUCUUUGAAUCUAAUUUAUAAUUCUAGUGUUGAUCAAAAAACAUCCCGCCGUUCCUGUUUGCUCAGGCUGUUUGUGCGCUCCAAGAGGCUUGUUUGCACGCCCUGCUGUUGACAGCCUCCGAGCUUGUGACAGUUGGCAGGCGCACUGGGGCGCAGCGAGAGCCAAGUCUCUGCAGGGGCCGGGGCUGCUGGCGGGAGCGCAGAGGCCUCCACGGAAAGGGUGUCGACGGUGUCGGGUUAGAGGAGAGGAAUAAGGAAGCGGGCGCGGACGAGCAUCGUCGGAGCUGAGAGGGCCCCAAGCUUGCAGGGGCUGCUCGGAUUUGGCCCCGGAGAGAAGGACGCGGCGGUAGGGGCCACGGCGUGAGGGUCGGGAGCACAGGCGGCGAAGACAGCUUCUAAGGCCUAGUGUCCCCAGCCCCAGCCGCCGCACCCCAGGAAACCGCAAGUGUUGAUUUAGGGCGGGGAUCGCGAGGGCCUCAGCCCUUUCCUGUAGUCCCUGCGGGCCCGGACCGGGUGAUCUUGGCCGGGUUUUGCUAUCCGCUUAUAUUCGGAGCCUCAACCUAAGGACAGGACCUGGGCGUCCCCGCCCCCGCGACGUCCCAGUUCCAGCGCAGUUCCAGGGCUGGGCCUGCUCCCCAGCUACCCGAACCGAGCCGACAAGGUCUCCGGGCAGCCUACGCUUCGCGGUCCAGAGGCGACUGUGCCCUCAGGCCGCGGCCUCAGUGGCACCUCAGCGAGGCCGCUUUUCGCCGCGCCCAACAGACGAACUACUCUUUAGCGGGGCGCCAUUUGAGGCACAGCGUGGCGUUUUCACGGUCGCGUGUUUUCUGUUUGCUUUCCAUUUUUGAGACGUCAGCUCUCCGGGACUGUGCUUUGCAGGGACACUGCGGGUGUUGCGGCACGCAAAGCCCAACGGAAUGCAGCGGGAUAUCACCUAGCCAGAAGAAGUGAAAGCGCUUCGGACUCGGCGGCUUCACGUCUGGGGCACUUCCGGGGGGCGGGCCUUAACAUGGCCCCGCCCCCAAGCCCUCCAGAGUUGGGCGGCGCUCAUCGCUUCGCCUCCCUCUCCCUUUCUGCAGCGGUCGGGAAAACCCGGCACGGCGUAACCAGAGUGGCGGAGCGGCGUCGCCCCUCGCGCACCUCCCCGGCAGCCCCGGGCGGCCGCGCUGGGCAUGCUCAGUCGGCAGGGCCGCUUCAGCUCUUUGAGUAGGAAGCUUGGGCGCUCGCGCCGAGCGGAGCCGCGAAGGGGGGAAGAUGGAGCCUUUCACCAAUGAUAGACUUCAGCUCCCCAGGAAUAUGAUUGAAAACAGUAUGUUUGAGGAAGAACCAGAUGUGGUGGAUUUAGCCAAAGAGCCUUGUUUACAUCCCUUAGAGCCUGAUGAAGUGGAGUAUGAACCCCGUGGCUCCCGACUGCUGGUGCGAGGUCUUGGUGAACAUGAGAUGGAUGAAGACGAAGAGGAUUAUGAGUCAUCUGCAAAGCUGCUGGGCAUGUCCUUUAUGAACAGAAGCUCUGGCCUUCGGAACAGUGCAGCUGGCUACAGGCAGGGUAUGGAGGGGGCUUGUUCGGUACCCUCUGCAAGGACCUUGGUGAUCUGUGCUUUUGUCAUUGUGGUUGCCGUUUCCGUCAUCAUGGUGAUUUACCUACUGCCUAGAUGUACCUUUACCAAAGAAGGCUGCCAUAAAAAAAAUCAAACAAUGAGACUAAUUCAGCCACUUGCAACAAAUGGGAAGUUAUUUCCAUGGGCACAACUGAGGCUUCCUACUGCCGUUAUACCACAACGCUAUGAACUUGACUUACACCCAAACUUAACUUCAAUGACAUUCAGGGGUUCUGUGACAGUUUCAGUUCAGGCUCUUCAAGCCACAUGGAAUAUCAUUCUUCAUAGCACAGGUCACAAUAUUUCAAGAGUGAUGUUCAUGUCAGCAGUUUCAAGCCAAGAAAAACAAGUUGAAGUCUUGGAAUAUCCAUAUCAUGAACAAAUUGCCAUUGUUGCCCCAGAAGCCCUUCUACCAGGUCACAAUUAUACCUUGAAGAUAGAGUAUUCAGCAAAUAUAUCUAGUUCGUACUAUGGGUUUUAUGGCAUCAUUUACAAAGAUGAAAGUAAUGAGAAAAAGUACUUUGCAGCAACUCAGUUUGAACCGCUGGCAGCAAGAUCUGCUUUUCCUUGUUUUGACGAACCAGCAUUUAAAGCCACAUUUAUCAUCAGGAUCACAAGGGAGGAGCAAUACACUGCUUUAUCAAAUAUGCCUAAGAAAUCCUCAGCACUUGUGGGAGACGGACUUCUUCAGGAUGAGUUUUUUGAGAGUGUGAGGAUGAGCACCUACCUGGUUGCCAUCAUUGUAGGCGAGAUGAAGAACCUGAGUCAGGAUGUAAAUGGAACUCUGGUUUCUAUAUAUGCUGUACCAGAAAAGAUUGGUCAAGUUCACCAUGCCUUGGAAACCACAGUGAAGCUUCUUGAAUUUUAUCAGAACUACUUUGAAAUUCAGUACCCACUUAAAAAAUUGGAUUUGGUGGCCAUUCCUGAUUUUGAAGCAGGAGCAAUGGAAAAUUGGGGCUUACUCACCUUCCGGGAAGAGACACUUCUAUAUGACAAUAACACUUCUUCAGUGGCGGAUAGAAAACUGAUUACUAAAAUCAUCGCUCAUGAGCUGGCCCACCAGUGGUUUGGCAAUCUAGUAACAAUGCAAUGGUGGAACGAUCUGUGGCUAAAUGAAGGUUUUGCAACGUUUAUGGAAUAUUUCUCUUUGGAAAAAAUAUUCAAAGAGCUCUCUAGUUAUGAAGAUUUCUUAGAUGCUCGAUUUAAAACCAUGAAGAAAGAUGCUUUAAAUUCAUCUCGUCCAAUAUUAUCAUCUGUUCAGUCUUCAGAACAAAUUGAAGAAAUGUUUGAUUCUCUUCCCUAUUUUAAGGGAGCUUCUCUCUUGUUGAUGCUGAAAACUUACCUUAGUGAAGAUGUAUUUCAACAUGCUAUUAUUCUUUACCUGCAUAAUCAUAGCUAUGGAUCCAUUCAGAGUGAUGAUCUGUGGGACAGCUUCAAUGAGGUUACAAACAAAACAUUAGACGUAAAGAAAAUGAUGAAAACAUGGACCCUGCAGAAAGGAUUUCCUUUAGUGACUGUUCACAGGAAAGGAAUGGAACUUUCUAUAAAACAAGAGAGAUUUUUCUUGAGUAUGAAACCUGAAAUCCAGUCUUCAGAUGCAAGCUACCCGUGGCAUAUUCCAAUAUCCUAUGUAACUGAUGGAAAAAAUUAUUCAGAGUAUCGAGCAGUAUCAUUAUUGGACAAGAAAUCAGGUAUCAUCAAUCUCACAGAGCAAGUGCACUGGGUCAAAGUCAAUGCAAACAUGACUGGCUAUUACAUUGUACACUAUGGAGAUGAUGACUGGACAGCACUCAUCCAGCAGCUGAAAAGGAACCCUUAUGUUCUGAGUGACAGAGACCGAGCCAACCUCAUCAACAACAUCUUUGAACUUGCAGGCCUAGGCAAGGUGCCCCUUCAGAGGGCCUUUGAUUUGAUUGAUUAUCUUAAAAAUGAGAGCCAUGCCGCACCCAUCACUGAAGCCCUGUUCCAGACAGGACUCAUCUUUCACCUUCUUGAAAAGGUGGGGCACGUUGAUCUGGCCUCGAGACUGGUGGCCAGGGUACAUACAUUACUUCAAAACCAAAUCCAACAACAGACUUGGACUGAUGAGGGCACCCCAUCCACCAGAGAGCUUCGCACAGUCUUGCUGGAAUUUGCUUGUACCCACAACCUGGAGAACUGCAGCGCUGCUGCCAUGAAACUGUUUGAUGAGUGGGUGGCAUCUAAUGGAACUCAAAGCCUACCUACUGAUGUUAUGACAGCUGUGUUCAAAGUUGGAGCAAAAACUGAUACCGGCUGGUCAUUCCUCUUAAGCAAGUAUGUUUCUCUAGAGUCUGAAGCCGAGAAAAACAAAAUACUUGAAGCUCUUGCCAGUUCAUCAGAUACAAGGAAACUUUACUGGUUAAUGAAAAGUAGCCUUGAGGGAGAUACCAUCCGAACACAGAAGUUGUCAUUUAUCAUUAGGACAGUGGGCCGAAGUUUUGCUGGACACUUGUUGGCAUGGGAUUUUGUCAAAGAAAACUGGGAUAAGCUUGUACAGAAGUUCCAUCUGGGAUCCUAUACCAUACAAAAUAUUGUUGCUGGAUCAACUCACCUGUUUUCAACGAAGGCACAUUUUUCUGAGGUCCAGGCAUUUUUUGAAAAUCAGUCAGAGACAACCUUUCGGCUUCGGUGUGUCCGGGAGGCUUUGGAAGUCAUUCAGUUGAAUAUUCAGUGGAUGGAGCAGAACCUGAAAACUUUGACAUUGUGGCUGUAGCAUGCGAAACACCUCAUCUUGUCACCCAUUCGGAGAGCUUGUGAACUUGGGCUCUGCUGCUUUUGCAAAAACUGAGGUGAAUCCAGGAUGGCUGCCAAGUUGUUUGCAUUCAUAGGAGUUAUAGUUAGCUCAGGGCCCGACUGUGUUUUUCAUCUAUCUUUCCUGAAAUGUCUUUAGACAGUGUGUAUUUAUUACAUUAUAUUCACCUAUAUGCUAGUCAUCUACAAAAUCAAUAUUUUUUCAACCUUGAGGAAAUACCAAUGGGGGAAAACUGGUUUGGGAACUAUUCUAUUUCUCAGGAUUUGGAAAAUUACCCAUACAGUGAAAUAAGGAAAGAUCUACCACGCCAGCCACCAUCUUUGCAAGAUGCUGACCUGUCAGCUGUUCGUUGCUUCAUAUUGGUAGAUGCUGUUGGAAUGCGGUACAAAUUUAGCCUUGAAAAGUACUGGAAUGAAGACUUUGAAAUAUCCAACGGUAGAGAACUGAUCUCAGGUGUGCAGAUCUACUUGCAUUUGGGGUUUUGAAUAAUCCUUUAUUUUCUGAGAAAACUUUAAAUAAUACCUGUAACAAUUAUAUUUUUUCCUGCAGAAUAGCCAGGUGCUAUGGAAUUUUUAAAUUUUUUGUUGUAUUGAAUAACUAAAUAAGCAGGCCACAAAGUUAAAUUGUGCAAAUGUUUAAUACUUUAUUCUUUAUAUUGUAUCAUUUUACCACAGGAGAAUAUUCCAAACUGAGUUAAUUGUAAUUACUUUUUUCCUUCAAAAAUGCCAGUAUUCCCCCACAUCUGAAAUGGUCAUUACUCGUGCCCUAGAUUGACUUCGUUAUAAAUAAGUAUUUGUGGUAAACAUUCUAUAAACACUGGUAUUUUUUGUCAUAGCCUUUUGUCUUCACAGAUUGUAGACACUUUUUCUCCCAAUCACAUCCUUCUGUAGAUUUUCACUUUAUAUGAUACAGUGGCAUAUUAGAAGUAUAUUUUAAAAUAGGGCCUUUGAAAAAUUACAGAAUUUUAUUUGAAGUUCACCAUAAUACCUUACAGAAGCAAAGGAGACUGUGGAAUACAAGUAAUUUGAAUUUACGUUUAAUAUGGUGAGCUCUGAGUUUUUUCCACUAUUAAAAAUAUACUUUUCUUUGGUUGAAAACAAAAUCAUAGUCUUUCUUUUAUUGUGGCCAAACUAGCAUUACAUGGAGUGGCCAAAAAAGAAGGAAAAAGGAAAGAAGAUAUCCAAAAUCAUACGACAUUUUUAUUCCUUCUGGAGGAAAAAUACUGUACUUGAAUUUUUUGAGCUAUGCAGACCUAUAUCUAGAUUGUUGUGUUUCUUUGUUUCUUAGACGUUUUCUUCCUAAAAACUCUUGAGAACUUUAUAUUUUGUUUAAAAUAGUGUCUAUGUACAUAAAAAUUGGAGUUAUUCAUUUAUGAGCACUUAAAAUACUCCACAGAGUCAGACAAUGGGAAAGGUCACUUUUUUUAUUCAGCAGAUGUAUGUGGGGUUGUGUAUAAAAUUGUAUUUUAUUUUAUGAAAAUAUUUUUAUAUAACAGUUUAAAAGGCUAUCAAACUAAAAGUCUGCUUUAAUCCUAGUGUGUUUUCCCCUAGCUUUAUCUUUUCUAAACAUUUUUCCCUCUGUUUUUGAGUAGAAAAUAUAUCCUGAGGAUCAUAGAAUCAUUUAUAGACAUUAAAACUGAGGUGAUAAUAGACCUUUACUCCUCUAAAGCUUUGGUAAGUGAAUGAUGAUUAAGUAGAUACUGAAAGUUAAUGUGUUUUUGUAUUUUCUGAGUGAGAGAGAAAUACUAAAUUUUUGAGGUUUUUUUUUUUUUACCAUGUUAUAGUGCGAAUUUCCACUUUAAUGCAGAAUUUAAAUUUUGCUACUUUUCAAAAUCAUUUAAGAUUCUUUAUUUUUACGGUCCAUCUUUACAUUACUUUUAAAAUAUGUUAAUUCUGCAUAUGGCAAAUCUUGUCUUAAAUUAUAUAAUUUUUCUGUAUGUGUGUGUACGAAAGAGAGUUGUGUGUGGGGGGGGUGGUAUGGGGUGUUAGAAGUAAAACUUCAUCAAAACAUGUGCUAAAAAGGGUAACUCAUGAUCCAUUGCUAUCUUUAUACUCAAAGGCUGUUCAUUCCUAUGGUACUGGAUAGGUAAUUGCAGUUUUAGUUGUGUAUUGCCCUUCAAUUAUUUGUACUUUAGUAGACCUCAUCUACAUUUUUUCCACACAAUUCUGUUUAAUGUCACACUCAUCUAUUUAUAUAGGACCUCCUGAAACUAAGUCUUAAAUUAUGAAUAUAAAGUUAAGUAAAAGGUAGAACUUACAGUAACUGUGUUGAUAGUUUUCAUAUUUUCUUCUCAAAAACGUUCUGUUGUGCAUAUGUAUGUGGGAACUCAGAUUGAAGCACAGAAGUCAAAGUAUGCUUUUCAUACAAAGCACACAGAUUCUUGCUACAGUUGAGUACUUGAAUGUCUUACUUAAAUAAGUUUUCUGUUCAUUACAGAGAAAUGGUCUAUAAUAUGAAUGUAAUAUAAAAGGUACACCAGAUAAUUAGGAAAGAUAGAAUUGGAAAUCUAGAAUUACAGAAAAAAAACUUAGGCUUUGGAGAUUUGAAAGGUUAUAAAAGUAGAAAUUGGAAGAGUCCAGUUUGUUUUGUUAAAAUGAAAACUAUUAGAUAUAUAGAUAUAUUAAUCUGUAAAUAGUGACAGCUUCCAUUAUAAGCUUGUGCUUUUAUCUUGUUUUAUUUGUCUCUUCAAAUGAAAUUGUGCUGUCAUUGUAUCAGUGUGCAAACUUUCUAUCAUCAGUUGUAUUUAAGUUCUAAUUUUUCUUUAACAUUAACUGUUUUCAUUUCUAUGGGACUUAAGCUACUGUAAGAACAAAGGAGCCAUCAAAAGAGUCCUAAGUACAGGCAGCAAAUCAAGCUGCUUCACUGUAAUUGGGUACCAAAUAGAAUCCUUUCUGGAUAUGUAUUGAGAAAUAAGACAUUAAAAUUAAGAGCUCAGUUUGUUACAUUGCUGAUAGCCUGUUACUGAAUUGGCUUUUAAAAGAGUGUAUUCAGCUUACAGCAUCUGGAACCGUAGUCCACAGUCAGGUUUCUGAACAUUUACGUAAUUGCCAUGCAUUUCAUGGAGCUGCAGGAAAGGUAUAAUGCAUCUCAGAUGUGUUGUCACCAAGCACAGCAGUUCCUGGGCUGAACUGCACAACCCAAGCUGGGUUUGAUUACGCAGCCUGUGGAAGAGCUGGGCUUGUGCGGCUGUGCGCCUCUCCUCACCGUUGCCUUCAUUACAGGUUUUUAUUGGGAUUAACUCACUUGUUAAAAAGCUUCCCUCUCACAUUUGUGUAUUUUUAAACUAAGGUAGACAUUUUUUCAGGGUUUUGUGUUCUUUUCUUUUGUGCUUCAUUCUCCGCAUUGACAAGGACUAAAUGCAAAAGGUCUGACAGGAUGAUAAGCCUCCUCUUCCCGCUUUCUCUUACAGGUCACAGGGGCAGUCAUUAGUAGAACAGCUGAGGAUUUUUUUUUUUUGAGUUUUUCUUGAGGGGGGAUUUUUUAAAACUGUACAUAUGUGGAUUUAGAUGUUUUUACAAUUCUUCUAUAAAUUGUGUCCUAAUAAGUGAAAUACUGUCUAAUGAAAAUCUCCCCUUUGUAUGUCACCGGUUACAGGCAAUAGUUACAAAGUAGUUACAGAUUGGUUUUCAUUUUUUGAAAGGAGGCAGUUGUGUUGGGAAGACAACUUCUUUUAAAAGUGUGUGCAAAUGAUUUUGCUCCUAUGGUGUGAGUGUUGCUUUGCUUUGGACUUCCCCAGUCUUGUGGACAUGCAUAUAACCCUGGGCAGUCCACAGGGUGGCCUUGUGGCGUUCACCAGGCUUCUUACUGCUGCAUGGACAGAACUAACAGAGCAGUCACAGCAGCUGUUGUUUUCAUCUGGCUUGAGGAAUUAGGUUGUCUGCCAUUCUUUCAAGUGUAUGUAAAUGUUCUGCCCCUUCUUAAUGUUUCAUUUUAUUCUUGUUUCUUUCAUGGAUGCAUGCAUACUUAAUGAAAAUUGGGGUCCAGAGAAUGGCAUAUCUCUUCCUUUAUCGCCUCUUUAGGUAAUAGAUCAUAGAUGAGUUUUGUUUGGAUGUAGGAGAGAGUGAGAAUGUCCUUGGUAUAGAUAAACACACUUGCUACUACAUUAUCCCUCUCAUGGCUGUGAAAGUACCUAGGGAAAUGUAGAGGUCUGUAUGCCUGACAGUUGCUCCUCCUCCCUCACCUCUGCUGCCUUGGAGGCAGUAAAUAAUUGAGUCUUAAGGGGUGGGCAGAAGAGAUGGGGGAAGCAGGAAAGUAUGUUUAAUGUUUGUAUUUAUGUACAUAAAUGUUCUUAGUGCUAUAUUGUAUUAAUUCUUGGGUACCCAGAGGAAGGUACCUAAUUGAAACAUAGAGUUCCCGAUGUAUAACAAGUCUCCCCUUCUGCCUUUCCCUUAUUUGCCUCUUUGGGCAAUACCUUCUAGAGUAGCUCAAGUUUCUUGCAAGAGUAGAAAAGUGGUUGCAGAGUAAGAAUAAAAUACUUUUAAAAUGUAUAUACAUGUUUUUAUAGUUUUUUCUUUACUUCAUAUCUGUCCUUUACAUGGAUAUAUGAAGAAAAUUGAGGAUCAUUCUAUGACAAGUCUCCUCUUCUCCUCUUCCCUAUACUGCCUAUGUGGGCAGUGUCUAGUAGAGUAGUUGAUAGUUUCAGGGCUUGUGUGAGUGUUGGGUGUAUGCUUUUUUAAAUGUAUGUGUGUGUUUUUACUUCUGUUGGAGCAUCUUUUGGGUGCCAGUCCUUCCUUGGACUGUGGCUUCCUGAUGAACUGUAGAGCUCCAGAUGUGUAACAGCCUCCUUUACUCCCUCUUCGUUUUGAUCUGUGUGAGCAAUAGUUUUAAAAUACUUUGAGUUUUUUUAAGUUGGGGUGGCUAAUAGAAUGUGUGCAUUUUUAAAAAUGUGUAUAAUUGUGUGUGUGUGUGUGUUACUAGUUACUUCAUUUUGUACCGAGUCCUUUGCGUGGACAUAGAGGUACCUAAAGAAACAUGGAGGUCCGGAUGUAUGAAAAUCUCCUCUUUUCCCCUUUCCUUAUUGCCUCUAUGGGCAAUAGUUGUACAGUAGCGUAGAUUUUUUAAAACUUCACUCAUCUAGAAAAACCAGGUAUGUACUUCUGUAUCUGUAUAUAAAUGCUUUUGCUCCUUUUUUCUGGCACUUCAUUUUGUACCUAGUCCUUCCUGUGGGCACUUAGUACAUAAUGAAAACUAAGGUUCAUUCUAUGAAAAAAUCCCACUCUUCCCCUUCCCUUAUUGCCUGACUGGGCAAUGGCUAGUAGAAUAGUUGUUUGGGUUUCUUUGUCAAGGAUUGGGGUGGGGAUUUGGGGCUCGUGUUUUUUUAGUGUAUAUAAAAAUGUGUUACUUUUUUCAUUAUUUCACUCCCAAACAUGUUUUUCCUUUAAACUUUUAGGUAUCAAAUGUAAUGAGCGGCUUGGACCCAGAGGUGUGGUCCAGCUUUUUCCCUUCUCCUGUACCCUGGGUACAUAGGGGAUAGUGUGUGAUUACUGCAGGACUUGAUUUGUGUUUUUAGUUUUUUUUCAGUUUUUAAUGGGGAAUUUCUUUGUUAGAAAAUAUUUAUAUUUCAUUACAUAUGUAUAUAUUAAACUAAAAUGUGUGUACAUAUAUAUUUUUGCCCUUUUUGGGCAUUAAUUUCAUUUUGAAUUUAGUCUUUUGCAUGACUGUGUAGGUAGCUAAUGAACAUUGAGAUUGAUUCUAUGAAAAAUCUCCAAUACUCCCCAUUCCUGAUUGCCUGCUGGGCAAUGAUAGAAUAGAUGUCUGAUUUCUUUUUGGGAUGCAGGUCUUGGUUGUAUGCAUAUAUGUUUUUCAAUGUAUAUAAAUAUUUGCUAUAUUCUGUGUGUUAUUUCUUGUAGACCCCAGUCCUUUGCUGGGACUUUAGAUACAUAAUGAAAUAUGGCGGUCCAGACGUAUGAUAACUCUCCUCUGCUCCCCUUCCCUCAUUGCCUUUAGGGGCAAUCAUUUUAUAACUUGGGGUUUUUUUUGUGGGGAGGGAUAUUGGGGUAGGUAACAGGGGAAAUAGGGCAUAUAAUCCUUUUUAAAUGUAUGUAAAUAUCUUUAUCUUAUUGAUUGGGUACUCAGUCCUUUGCAUGGAUAUAGAGGUACCCAAUGAAAAUCGAGGAUCAGUGUAUGACAAAUCUCCCAUUCUCCCCUUCCCCUGAUUGCCUGUCUAGGCAAUAGUAGAAUAGUUUUAUGUUACUUUACUUAUUUGUCUUGGAAGGAUAUAUAUUUUUGGUAUUCUGAAUAUGUGCAAAUCUAUUUUUAUUUCCUUAUUUCAUUUUGUAUUAUUUCUUUGCAUGGCUGUGUGAAGACCUAAUGAAAAUAGUUUCAUAAUAUGACAGAGCACGUCUUCCUUUCUCACAUAUUUUCUCAUUUAGCAAUAGCUAGUAUAGUUGCUUUGUGGUUAUUUCCUAGGAGAUCUGUAUCUAUAUCUAUGUUUGUAAUUUGUUCUCCCCAUCAUCAUUUCCCCUUAAUAUUUAAUCCUUUGCAGGGCUCUAAAUGUCACUAAUAGUACAGGCUCACUAGGUUCCAGCCAUCUGGCUUGAAGGUGUGGCAGUGUGGUAGUGUAACUAAUGGCUUCAGGCAUGCAGCAAGUCCGACUGGAGAGGACAUUGGAUAUGGUUGAGCUGUGAAAGCUAAUCAGGCCCAGCACUUUUUGUGUUGAGCUGAAUGAGAUAGUUAAAAGGGUCCUCUACUUUUGUAAAUAUCAUGGAGGCAGAAGACAGUGCUGAGUAAAAGUGUGUUUUAACUUCCUUGCUGGUUAAUCUUUCAGUAACUGGUAAGCCAUUGGAGCUGAUAAGCCAGCAGUAGUUUCCCAACAACUCAUUUGAAGAGAUUAAAGAGUAGCUUUUUUUUGUGGCCUGGAAUUGGAUUCAUCUACAAAAUUCUGGUGCAGUUCCAUCAGUAGCAUAUUCUUGAGUAUCCAGUAGAAAUGACUUAUUCUUGGAAUGAACCUUUUGAGUUACUGUCAUUGCUCUGGUGAAUGACAACGUGGGCCUGAAAAGUAACCCAAAAGAAAUUUUUGGCACAAGCCCUUUCUCUCUUUCAACACCCACAUGAGGCGGAACAUGUUGGCCCUUUCCUACCCAGAGCUCUUGUGUGGCUGCAUCUCUCUCCUCCAUCCAUUCUCCAUUAGCCGAACCAUUUCUCUCUUUUUUCCCUUUUGUCUGGAAUCCCUGAACUGUUAAAUGUUAUCUUCAAUUGCACUCAAAAAUUUAAACUAAUGCUGCCACAUUACUCUUGCAUUUUUGUGUGCAUUUCAUUCAUCCAGGCCUGUAUGCUUGCUUUGAGCAUUCUUGUAUCAUAUUUCACAUUGUCUCUUCAUCCAGCACAUGGUAAAUGUUAUGACUACACAUUUGUCUGCAAAUCAAAGCAAAUGCAUGUGUAAGCCUCCCUCCCUUCUUUUUUUUUAGCAUUUUAGCAUUGUUUAUUUUCACAUGUGUAGUGAUACUAUUCCGUGCUGAAGAUUUGCCAUAUCUUAUUUAAGAAACAUUGAUAGGACUUCUAGAAAAUUAUCAAAAUGUUAUUUGCUAUAUCAAACUCUCAGGUUCUACUGUUGAAAAAUUAGCCUAUAUGUUGCUAUUACUUAUACUUGCUGCUGUAAAAAAAAAUAACUUUUAUUCAUGACACAUUUAACUUUGAUCAUAAGUAAGAGAAAGGGGCACCUUUUUGGAAUUAGUCAUGGUAGUCAUUAGUGAUAUUUUUGAACAGUUUUUAUUUGAAAUACUUCAAAGGGGGUAAAGGUCAUGGCUUAGCUGAAUGAAAUGCUCCAGAAAUCGGACUGUGUAAACCAUCAGUACAGUAAUGCAUUUGUGUGUUUGUGUAUAAAAUGAGAAUUACAGCAUAAUUGGAGUAUUUGCAUUAAUCAGUAAGCUCAUGUUGAGACAAACCUGAGUCUCACAGCUGCCUUGAUUAAAGCCAAGUGUUCCAUGUUGCUGUGAAGAAGUCUCCUUCAAUACUUGGAAAGUAAUUACUUGGAAAACUGUAAAUGUAUUACAUCUUUGUAUUUAGACACCUAUAGAGAUACUUAAUUCCUUCAGUCUGAGCUUGUGGAUGGAAUUCUAAAUUUGUAUAAUAAAAACCUGUCUUUUGUGAAAGAUUUUAAAAAUAUGUAUAUAUAAUACUGUAUAUGCAAAUUGUGUUGUUUCACUUGUAAAGGGAAAAGCUUAUUUUUCUUUAUAUUUCUGAUAACUUGUUUUGCAUAUGACCAGCACUGAUCGAAAGGCAUGUGUAACUGCAAACACUGUUGCUUUUUUGUGAAAUAAAAAUAUUUAAAUACAAA